AACAACGUUCGCGCGUUUAAUUUUGGCCCGCGGGGUUGCCGUACUUCGGAAAGAUGGCGACCGUAGUUUUUGUUAGCCGUCCUGCGGGUGUCCUUUCGAGGAUUUCAAGCAGCUGCGGUCCCGCUGCGUUCGCCGCUGCGUCUGUCGCCACAGUUCAGCAGAGGAAGCUGCACCAUGCCGUCGUGCCCAAAGGGAAAGGAGGACGCUCGUCAUCCAGUGGGAUCGCCGCCACCGUGUUUGGGGCCACGGGUUUCCUGGGCCGCUAUGUGGUCAACAGGCUGGGUCGUCUGGGAUCUCAGGUUGUGAUCCCCCACCGCUGCGAUCAGUACGACCUCAUGUACUUCAGGCCCAUGGGGGACCUGGGCCAAAUCAUUUUUAUGGAGUGGGAUGCGAGGAACAAAGAAUCCAUCCAGCGGGCCAUCGAGCACUCCAACGUGGUCAUCAACCUGGUGGGCAGGGAGUGGGAAACCAGAAACUACCGUUUUGAGGACGUCUUCGUCACCAUCCCUCAGCAGCUUGCCAGGGCAACGAAAGAGGCCGGAGUCACAAAGUUUAUCCACAUGUCGCACAUCAACGCCGACAUACGCAGCCCCUCCAAGUACCUGAGGAACAAGGCUGUGGGGGAGCAGGUCGUAAGAGAAGAGUUCCCAGAGGCUAUCAUCAUGAAGCCAUCUGAGAUGUUCGGCAGGGAGGACAGAUUCUUCAACUAUUAUGCAAAUAUGCGCUGGUUUGGCAACGCUAUUCCCCUUUUGGGCCUCGGGAAGAAAACUGUAAAACAACCCGUUCAUGUGGUGGAUGUGGCCAAGGCCAUCGUCAACGCUGUGAGAGACCCGGACGCUAACGGGAAGACGUUCGCCCUCGUUGGCCCAAACCGCUACGUCCUUCACGACCUGGUGGAGUACAUCUACGCCGUGGCACACAGGCAGUUCGUGCCCUACCCGCUGCCUCGCCCAUUCUACCACCUGGCGGCAAAGAUUUUUGCCAUGAACCCGUUUGAACCCUGGACAACCCCGGACAAAAUCGACCGGUUUCACACAACAGACAUGAAGUAUCCGGGACUCCCGGGUCUGGAGGACCUGGGCAUCACCGCCUCCUCCGUGGAGCAGAAGGCGAUUGAGAUCCUGCGCCGCCACCGCCGCUUCCGUUACCUGGAAGCCGAGCUGGACGAGACGAAGCCGGCCAAGACGGUCAACUACUAAACUACAGCAUGAGAAUCCUCCUGAAAUAAUUCUUCUUUCUUUAGCGGUAUUCUGUAUAUAAAUAAACAAUUAUCCUUCC